AAUAGGAAGUGCAGAGUGAGCGGGAUUGGGGCAGCGUGGAAAGGAACCUUAGGGAACAUUCUGACGAGAGAUGGAGGAGCAGAAAGAAAAUCGGCCGCUACACACGGAGGAUGAGGAUGAUUUGUGCAGAAAGCUCUCCAAAAACUUGGAUUUCGCUGGUGGCAAGCAGAGGUGUCGAUUGGACGGUCAGGAGGACACUGGAAAUUCUACAAUAUCCUCACAUGCUAGUGACUUCAGUGAUCCAGUUUAUAAAGAAAUUGCCAUUGCAAAUGGUUGUGUCAAUAGAAUGACUAAGGAUGAGCUGAAGGCAAAGCUUGCAGAGCACAAACUUGACACUAGAGGUGUUAAAGAUGUGCUGAGGAAGAGAUUGAAGAAUUACUACAAGAAGCAGAAACUGAGACAUGCAUUACAUAAGGACUCAAACACAGACUGCUAUUAUGAUUACAUCUGUGUCAUUGACUUUGAGGCAACCUGUGAAGAGGGUAACUCUACAGACUACACCCAUGAAAUAAUAGAGUUCCCUAUCGUCUUACUCAAUACACACACACUGGAAAUUGAGGAUGUAUUUCAGCGCUACGUGAGACCAGAAAUUAAUCCUCAACUUUCUGAAUUUUGUGUCAACCUUACAGGUAUAACUCAGGAUAUUGUAGACAAAUCAGACAUAUUUCCAGAUGUUCUUCGUAGUGUUGUGGACUGGAUGCGUGAAAAGGAGCUUGGAACAAAAUACAAAUACGCGAUACUUACUGAUGGGUCCUGGGAUAUGAGCAAGUUUCUAAACAUGCAGUGUCGUGUUAGUCGCCUAAAAUACCCUCGAUUUGCAAAGAAGUGGAUCAACAUUCGCAAAUCUUAUGGGAAUUUCUACAAGGUACCACGGACUCAGACAAAGUUGACCACCAUGCUGGAAAAAUUGGGCAUGACCUAUGAUGGACGUCUGCACAGUGGCGUGGAUGAUUCUAAGAACAUUGCUCGCAUUGCAGCUCAUAUGCUUCAGGAUGGCUGCGAGCUUCGUGUAAAUGAGAGGAUGCAUGCAGGGCAGUUAAUGACUGUGUCUAGCUCUUUGCCUUUUGAAGGGGCUCCAGUUCCUCAAAAUCCACAGCUGAGAAAUUAGUAUUUUAUGUCUCUGUAAAUACAUCGUUUUGAAGAGUUUUUUAGGAGCACCUUAAAAUAUCAUUUUAUAUAUAUUGUAAUUCUUAUCUUGAACGAAAUAAACUUAAACUGCGGCAGAAUGGUUUUAAAUGUUUGCUUUAGCACUUUAACAUUUGAAAAAGAAAAUGUAUUGCUUUCUUGAAAUAUUUUAAAAAGUGAACUGUAUUAUUGGUUUGAUCAAUAAAUAAGCUGAGAAUAAAAAUCCUUGCUUAACUUCA